GGCAAGGCUGUGAGGCAGCCAGUCUAUGUUGAUGCUGACCCUGAACCGUAUCAACUUCAGCGGUUAAAUGCAUCUAAAGUAUUGAACAGUGGUGGUAAAUCAGGUGAUAGGGAGUCUGAAAUUGGAACAUAUAAAGUGUAGCUAUCUGGAAAACCACACAGGCCCAACCAAUCGAUUUUCGAUUAUAAUCGAUCAUCGGAACAUCACUAGUUAUGACUGAAGUUCAGUAAUGAUGACAACAAAAUCUGCCCGCGUUCCAUGCUAGAAAUGGCGAUAUACAAUAGACUGUUGUGACGCAAUUCAAAAGAAAAAUACGGAAUGAUGUCAAACACAAGCAUUUAUGACAUGUUGUGGGAUGAAAGUAUUUGGUUCCCCGUUCGAUUUCAUCACGAGGAUGGAUCUGUUGACACCGCAUUGGGCUGGUCACAUUUGGUGAACAAACCCGGAACCAACACAUAUUAUCCAAAAGUCCACGACCUCCACUUUGGAAUUCUGGUCGGCGUCGUCUUGGUGAUAAUAAGAUACGUUCUAGAAACGCUGCUGAUAAUACCCCUGGGAUACAAGUUAGGGAUAAAGAAAAAGAAGUUAGUAUACGUGGAUCCUAUACCUUCCCUUGAAGAAGUUUACAAGACAAAGAAAAAGCCAGAUGACAAACAGUGUAUGGGCUUGUCAAAGCAGCUGGACAUGCCCCUAAGACAGGUGCAAGUUUGGUUCAGAAACAAAAGGAACAAUGACCUGACACCACCAAUUAAGAAGUUUUGUGAUAAUGCAUGGCCAUUCCUAUUUUACACCUGUUCUUUUAUCUAUGGGGCGACAAUCCUUUGGAAGAAGUCAUGGAUAUGGAGAACAAAAGACUGCUGGACCAACUGGCCAAAACAGCACGUGACGAGUGACCUAUACUGGUACUACACCGUGGAGCUGGGUUUCUACUGCAGUCUGCUCUUUACAAUAUUCACAGAUCAUAAGCGAAAGGACUUUAAGGAAAUGACAAUGCACCAUCUUGCCACCAUUAGCCUGCUCUACUUUUCCUGGUUGGUCAACUUCGUCCGUAUGGGAAGCUUUGUACUCAUCAUCCACGACAUUGCAGACCCCUGGUUAUCGCUUGCUAAAAUGGGGAUUUAUCUGAAAUGGGACUGGUUAAAGGACGGUGCAUUUGGAAUAUUUGCUAUACUGUGGUUUAUAACAAGGACCUUCGUAUAUCCAGGCUGGAUCAUUUACUCCACCGCCAUAGAAAUAUUCCACUUCAUCGAUGAGCCGUUUUUCGUGUACUACUUCUUUAACGCAUUCCUGCUCAUUCUGCAAGUGUUAAGCCUGUUGUGGUCCUGGUCGAUAGGGAAAAUAAUCUACAACACUCUGUUCGCCGGAGGGGUUGAAGAUACUCGGAGUGAUACUGAAGAGGGCGAUAGUCUCAGUAGCAAUGGCGACUUGACCAAGAACGGGAAAACCAAUGGUGUUGACGGUAGUGUCACGUCUGCUGACACAAACGGACAUGUUAAUGGAGCAAAUGCUACUUCUAAAGUAUCGAACAAUGGAUUGAUCAGUUAGAUGCUUAUGCAAUUUAGAUGUGGAAUAUGGACGAAUGGAACGAAAAAGCGUGAACAUCAGGGUCGGGACUAGGAGUUGUUUUUAAAUUCUCGGUCCCAUGCUAAACCAAAUAUGAUGGUUAGUGGAAUUUUAGGAUAUGUUGUGUGAAAACAUUAAGGGUCAUAUACAUCACCGUAGUAAUAAUUUGCGCUGUAAAACUACAUUAUAACCUCGAUCAACGACAAAGGGAUGUUGGUUAUAGAGUAGAGGUUGACAUAAAUAGUAUGUUUCAGAAAUAGUUCCAUAAGGAAUGAUUGGAGAAGAUCACUAUUAGUUCAAAUAUUAACAAUACUGGGCUACACAACUGAAACCAAUACUUGCUUAUAGAAGAAUGUUUACUUCAUUUGCAUAAUGUGUUUAAAUAACGAGAUCUGUGUUCAUUGGAAAUACUCAGUUGGACUGCCGUAUAUAUGACUUAUGUAAGACUUGCAAACCCGUGUUUUGCUUCCAGUAUCUCGAGUGUAAUAUUUCUUUUUUUUAAGGUUUGACUUGCCAAUUUUAAAAGGCAAUUUGAUUUAUUAAAUGCACGAAUAUCGGUGAAAAUUCAUGUCUGAAUUUAUUGAUCUUACAAUAUUGUUAUCGUACACUCGUGUAAGAGGAUUUAACCGUAUAUAUUAAUGUUGUUUUAUUAUCAAGUGCAUGUCACUUGUAAGAAUUAUGCUGCAAAGGCUUCGCCAAGAUCAGGGUGCUUUUUUGUUGUUUUAUCUACGAUUAAUCGAUGCCAAUAUUUCUUCAUAGAACUUAUUAUCAAUCAUUAAAUUGCUAUCAAAAUAUUAUUAAUUGCAUGAACAUCAAUCAUUUUGCGUUGUUGUUUUUAAAUACUGUCAAAUUUUAACAUUCCAAAAAUAACUUAACGCAAGAGGUGAUUUUUUUUAAGAAUUGUGCUUUUAAAAGCGUUGUGGAAUCGACGCCAAGAACAUUUCACAUACCGGCGUCCUUAAAAUACUGCUUUCUUCACUAAUACAUUAAUCAUUUAACGUUUAAUUAAUUUCGAUCUUUUAAGAUUAGUUGUUGUAUAUUGAUAUUGCAAAAUAUUUGCCUUGCCAUUUCUUGUCACUUUGUUUUAAAUUAUUUUUUUUAGAUUUUUACUUAACUUAACUUCGAAACUUGUAUUUAACCAUUAUAUAUAAUUGUACAAGCAUGUCAAUGUUCAAAUAUAUUUUGAAUUGGUAAUAAAAAGAAAGUACA